GUAGAAACAAAACAAAGAAAAACAAAGAAUAAAACAUAAAAAAUAUGGUAUCUACGUUAUGCUACAUCAUUUUGCCAGUUGUUUUUAUCGCUGGACUAUUGAGAAAAUGCAGGGAAUACUCUUGGGGAAGAUGUAAGAGUAAAAGUAAUUUAGAAGGACGUAUUUUUAUCGUAACUGGCAGUAAUUCUGGAGUUGGCAAGGAAACGGUGAAAGAGCUGGCUAAAAGAAAAGCCACCGUUAUUUUGGCUUGUAGAAGCUUACAAGCUGCCAAAAACACGGUCCAGGAGAUUCGCUGUUACGCACCUGGAGCAGAAUUGAUUCCCAUGGAACUGGAUCUUGCUUCGCUCACGUCGGUUAAGCAUUUUGCUGCCGAAGUAUUAAAAAACUUUUCAGAAAUUCAUGUGUUAAUUAAUAAUGCAGGCGUUUAUGUACCUUUACAAGACAAGGACAAGGACGUAACUAGAGAAGGAUUUGAAAUACACUUUGGAGUUAAUCAUUUAGGGCACUUUUUAUUAACAAAUUUAUUAUUGGAUAGAUUGAAGCAGUGCGCGCCCAGCAGAGUGGUUAUAGUGACGUCGAAGCUGCUGGAAUCGGGUGUCAUUGAUUUUAAUAAUUUAAAUGGUGAAAAAGGUUUACCGGUUAAAGGCCGCAUGAAUCCUGGUUAUUGUAAUUCAAAAUUGGCAAACGCUUAUUUUGCCAGUGAACUGGCGAGGAGAACUGAAAAUAGUGGUGUUUGUGUUUAUAUGGUUUGCCCAGGAUUUGCAUACACCGGAUUAUUCAGACACGUAAAAAGAAGUUGGUUUCAUUAUAUUUUAUUUUCACCAGUGGCAUUAUUAUUUUUACGAACCCCCAAUCAGGGAGCACAGACUGUAUUGCAUUGCGCCACGGAUCCAGCUUUAUCCAAUGAAAGUGGAAAUUUAUACUUUGACUGUAAGGUGUAUACGUCCAAAAAGAAAUUAGAUGCUGAAGUGGGUCAUAAGCUCUGGGCAGUAAGUUCUAAACUGACAGGCAUCGAAGAAUCUUCCAUAUAAUUUUUUAAUUAAAAGCGAUAAUAUGCUUAGAAGAAGCAAAAUAAAAAUUAUGGGUAGAAUUCUAUUUAUUGACGACUGAAUGAUAACUUUGAAGUAAAAUUUAUUAAAAUUCAAUGUGAGAAAAAUAUAUUAUUAAAAAAUUAAGCAUUUGUGAUAGUUACUAGCUACUCCUCAAAGUAUAUAUCCACUCGAAUAUAAAUAAUUAUUACCAAAAUGAACAAAAAAAAAAAGAAAAAGGAAUUCAAUUGUUGACGUAUUUUCGUUUUUUGACAUAUCCAAGAUAGUACAAAUAUUUUUUUAAUGCCGUAAAUACUAUCAAAACGUACAUGUAUGAAUAUGUCGAAAGAAACAUUCUCUUGGCAAACAAACUAUUAACCAUUGAUAAGCAAUAAAUGCCAAAAAAACAUUUGUAGAGUCAAAUAAUCACUUUUAGAUGCUAAUUUUAGAAUGACAGUGCCAUUUAGACUAAUUAUAAUAAAUAAUGAGAUACUAAAUCGUCAUUUUUGCUAAUAAGUUUUUGUAAUGUAAACGAAAUGCUUGUGCUCUUGUUGCGUAAUUGUAUAGUAUUAUGUUCGAUUGUAUUUAAUUUCUUAAACUAGAAUGUAUCAAAGGUUAUG